UAUAAGUGUGACAACACACCCAUUUGAGAGAGAACAGAAGGACCGGCCCUCAGCCUCUUUCUCUCAUUUACUCCUUUGCCAGAAACCAACAUAAAGAUGUCCGAUGCUCUUUGUAUUGCAGGUUCGUUUUUUGGAUCUGCAGAAGAACAGCAAGACUGCAGUUCCUGUUACCUAAUAAACAUGCGGUCUGUAUUGGGCAUUAUAGCCUCUGAUAUCAUCUUGACAGUCUUCAUCAUUAUUUCUGUGUUCUGCUUUGCGACUCACCACAAGAGAAGGAGGGAAUGGGAUUCUCGUGAUGCAGGUAAAACAAAUCUGCCAUUAACAGCAUCAGAGAAAAUGGCAACAGAGGUCACAGAAUCUCCCUACCAGGAGUUACAAGGAGUCCAAUCAGAUGUGUACAGUGACCUUCGGGACUUUAGGAAAUGAAACAAUGGAACUAUAAAAAUCCGAACAAUGCCUUGUCUGCAAGCUUUAAUAGCGCACACAUCUUUUGUGUGCGCAAGACACUUCUACUACCGCUGCAUUUUAGGUAAUAACAUACAUGUAUUUAGUAUGUCGUAUUACGUUUUGGGUUGUGUGUUAACCGCAAAAAAAAUCUUUUUGUUCUCAAGCUGUAUUCAAAUG